CCAAGUUCGUGGCUAUAGUAAUCUGGCUAGUUUUCAGCUUGUUGGUCAGCAAUGUGGCAUUCGACUGCAGGAAGCAUAUGGAUUUUACUUCUCUACGCAAAUGUUGUGCGACGCCCAACUUGAAGAUCCAGCCAUUUCGACAAAGCUGCGGCAAAUAUAUGAAAAUGAAGGGAACAGUAAUGCCUCCAUGCCUUUUUGAGUGCAUCUUAAAUUCCAGCGAGGCGCUGAAUGGCACUCAACUUAAUGUGGAUAAUGCCCGCAGGCUGAUUGAGAAGCUGGUGGGCAAUUAUAAGGAUUUCGUCGAUGUUUACACACAGGCUCUGCAAACUUGCACGGCAAAUGAAACUGAUCUGCUUAAGUUCAAAAGGCGACGAUUUCUUGGCAGUGAAACGUGUUCUGCUCUGCCGCUCUAUCUGGCCAGCUGCGUUUUGAAAAAGAGUUUUAUCAAUUGUCCCUCAGCCAAUUGGACACACAGCGAGAAAUGCGAAAACGCACGCGAAUUUAGCAUGAAUUGUAACCGUUUUAGUGGAGGUGUUUUAGUGGCAGAUUUUGUGCUUUAAUGCAAAACGAAUCCUUACCACCAGACAGUACUUACGCGCUUAUUUUAAAUAAAACAUU